GCAGUUCAUAGUUCGCGCUCAGUCGACGAAGUUGUAAAAAUUGUCUUUGUUAGAAUUUAAAUCUACAUUUAAAGUAAUUCAUAAAAUUAUCAUGACCAUGUAAUUAAGUCGUGUAUAAUUAUUGUUUUUAAUUUAAGUAAUAGUUAUUUAUAUUACUUUUAGUGUCUGUAGAUAAGUGAUAAGUGGGUUUUUUACCAAAGUCAUUGCUUUAAUAUCAGAAUAAGGAAAAACAGUAAACAAGUUUAAGAACUAACAUGAAGCGUAAUGGAGUUAUUAUUUUAUGUUUUUUAAUACUAUUCAAAGUUAUUAUCGCUGGAGAUGUUGGUGAUGCGUGUGCUCCUACUGAUACGAUAUCUGAGGGAUCGUGUAAACUGCUGACAGAUUGCAAUGUUGCUGUCAGAUACAUAAAAAGGAUAGAAUUUCAUCCAUUUAGUAGAUGUGGCUUCAGAAAUGUCUCCGAAAUCGUAUGCUGCCCGCUCGAUGAAGCUGGACAUCGGGUGGCGGACUUAGAAUGUAAAAAAAUCGUCAACACAAACUUACCCUCGCUCGUAUCACACAUAGUUGGCGGGAAUAACGCCACGCACGGCGAAUUUCCUCAUAUGGUGACACUUGGAUACAAUGUUUCUGGUGUAUAUGAAUUCCUUUGUGGAGGUUCUUUAAUAUCGCAGUCUUAUGUUCUUACAGCAGGUCAUUGCAUGGAAUCAAUUGAAAAAUUGAAGCCAACCAUAGUUCGUAUGGGCAUCGUUAACAUUGGUAACGGGCAGGUUAACAACGAGUCUGACGUGAGAAUAGACAAGAUAAUAAAACACCCGAAUUAUACCAAACCCCUCACAUACAACGACAUCGCCUUGCUGAAACUAGAGCAGCCGGUCAAGUUCUCGCCGAAAGUGGCUCCGAUCUGUUUGUACACGAAGAAUGACGACCCCACAGUGCCACUCAUCGUCAGCGGAUGGGGCACCACCAAUGUUAUGAAAAACGCAAGAACCCCAUAUCUGCAGAAGGCAACAGUGACCGUGGUGCCGACGAGUGGGUGCACGCGGUUGCACCCUGCGUUUAGGAGAUUGCCGCAGGGCAUCUCAGACGGGCAGAUAUGUGCCGGCGACCCACUAGGCCUCAGAGACGCUUGUCAGGGUGAUUCUGGCGGGCCGCUCCAAGGCUUGACAACGGACGACGGCUUCCUACGACUGGUGGGCGUGACGUCAUUUGGACGCGGCUGCGGCUCGCCUACUCCCGGCGUCUACACGCGCGUGUCAUACUACCUCGACUGGAUCGAGAGCGUUGUGUGGCCCGACACGAAAUAACUUGUAAAAUAAAAACGUCUGUGCUAUAGAUCACACAACUGAAGUAAAACUUGUUUCAAUAGUAAAAAACCAGCGCCAUCUAUGAGUCUCAGGUAUAACUGCAUCGCAAUAGGUUCUUGAAGUGUACUAAAUAUAAAUAUAAUUAAUAAGUAAAGCCUUUGUUAACAAUCUUACAAUUUAUAUUUCAUUUUAAUUUAUCGCUUAAAACAUACAAUUAGGUUUAUUGCCUUGCAAUUUAAAUAUUAUUUUUUUAGACACCGGUUUUCGGAUUGUCUUGUUUCCAGUACAGGCCUUCCCAAGUAUUCUCCACAAAGAUCUGUCCCGUUUUUACCGUUGGUUUUCAGUCUUGCUUCUAGAUGUCUAUCAUCAAACCCCUUUCAUUAUUUCAAACUUAUAAUAAAAAAUAGCAUACAAUAUAAUAAAAAUAUAAUUUAUGUUUUGUAAAAAUAUUA